CCCGCGAUAUGAGUAAACGGUCACCGGCCCGUUAGUCCCUGUAUUCACGCAAAUAAAUAAGACCAGGGGAUUAUCGCCUUCAGUAGAGCAGAGCGGGUUGCCUUUGUUUCUAACCCUUCCCGGUCGCAGCGGGCUGGUGUCGGUGGGACGCGGGGAGGACCCGCCGCGCUGCCAGCGCGGAUGGAGGCAGCGAACAAAGGAAAAUCCUGUUGCCGUCCCGCUGCUGCUGGUGCGGAAGGCGCCCGGCAUCCCUGCCUGGUCAGAGCAGGCUCCCCUGGAGGGGGACACUAAAUAAUUGAUCAGAAUCGAUUGCCGGGAUGCAUUGGGAAGGGAAACCGGGCGCAUCCCUUGCAUGCAGCCCCUUCCCCCAUUUGCGCUGUAAUCCUAUUCCACCAUGUGCAGAUAGAUAAGGAGACGCAACUCAGCCUUCAGGCCUGGGCGGGGUUCUUGCCGUUUAAUCUUUUCUUUUUUCUUCCCUUCGCUGCUUUCCUCCCUCCCCCCCGCUUUCCGUCUCCCAGGCCCAGUGAGGUCAGCUCAUGAAUAUUGCUUCAUUUUCCUGAGAGGCUCUGGCAGCGCCGGGUACCUCGUGUGCGGGUGCCCGUCUCCCUGUGCAUGCAUUUCGCCAGCCCGGCAGCAGACAAAGUGGUGCUCUCAGGGCGGCGGCGGCGGAGGAGGCGGAGGACGCCGCCGGUGAUGGACGUCUCCCCGAGAUAGCCGCCGCCAUGAGCCAGCCGCCUGCAGGGGGCGCCGCCGCCGCCGCCGCCGCCGAGCCUCGCCUCCAUCCCGAGGGCAGCAGCGGCAGGAAGCAGCAGCGAGCCUCCUCUCCGGCCAGGGCCCGCGACAACGCCCCGCGCCCGCCGCCCGCCCCCGCCGCCGCCGCCGCCUCCCGCGCCCCGGCCGCCGCCGCCAAAGCCGCCUCGGCGCGCCCGCCGCCGGGCCAGGCCCCCAGAGCCGCCCGCGGCCGCGCCGCCGACAAGCCGCCGCGCGGCGCCGGGCCUCCGGGAGCUGUCCAGCCGGGCGCCGGUGCUGAACCGCCGCCCGGCCCCGGCGGGAAAGCCGUCGCCGAGGAACCGCCGCCGCGCGCCGCCGAGCCCGCCGCGCCGCGGGCCGCCGAGGAGGCGCCCCCUGCAGGAGGCGGCGGCGGCGGGGGGGAGCGGGAGGGGGCGGCGGCGCCGCAGCCGCCGCCGCCGCCCAAGCAGUGGCGGGGGAAAGCGGGGCGGUCUCCGCUGAAGGGCGCGGGGGAGGCGGCCCCGGCGACUCCAUCUUCCUCGGGCGCGGGGAAGGGCCGCGGGGCGGCGGGCGGCGGCGGCGGGUACUGGAAGGAGGGAUGCCUGCAAAGUGAGCUCAUCCAGUUCCACCUCAGGAAGGGGCUGGCGGCGGCCGCCCAGAUGCAAACCAAGGGCAGUAACCACAGCAGCAGCGGCAGCGCUUCCUCCGCCUCCUCCGCCUCCGCGGCCGCCGCCCCGUCCGAGCCUCCCCCGGCCGCCUCCGCCUCCUCGCCCUCUGCCAUGGCGGCGGCCGGGGCGGAGGGGCUGCGGCAGGGCGAGGCGUGCGGCGGCGGCAGGAGCGGCGUCCCCGAGGGCGCCCUGAGCCCGCAGCUGCAGGAGGAGAUGCAGGAAGAGAUGGAGAAGCUGCGGGAGGAGAACGAGAGCCUCAAGAAUGAGAUAGAUGAGCUGAGGACAGAGAUGGACGAGAUGAGGGACAGUUUCUUCGAGGAGGACGCUUGUCAGCUCCAAGAAAUGCGCCACGAACUGGAACGAGCCAACAAGAACUGCCGGAUCCUUCAGUACCGUCUGCGCAAGGCUGAGCGCAAGAGGCUCCGCUAUGCCCAGACCGGCGAGAUCGACGGCGAGCUCUUGCGCAGCAUGGAGCAGGACCUCAAGGUUGCAAAAGAUGUAUCGGUGAGACUUCACCAUGAAUUAGAAAACGUGGAAGAAAAACGUACUGUAACAGAAGAUGAAAAUGAAAAAUUAAGACAGCAGCUUAUAGAAGUUGAAAUUGCCAAACAAGCACUACAGAAUGAACUGGAAAAAAUGAAAGAGCAAUCAUUGAAAAGAAGAGGGAGCAAAGACCUACCAAAAUCAGAAAAAAAGUCACAGCAGACACCAACAGAGGAGGACAAUGAAGACCUGAAAUGCCAGCUACAGUUUGUCAAAGAAGAGGCAGCCUUGAUGAGGAAGAAAAUGGCUAAGAUUGAUAAAGAGAAAGACAGAUUUGAACAUGAGCUGCAAAAAUAUAGGUCGUUUUAUGGGGAUUUGGAUAGUCCCUUGCCAAAAGGUGAAGCAGGUGGGCCACCUACCACAAGAGAAGCUGAACUCAAGCUUCGAUUGAGACUUGUGGAGGAGGAAGCUAACAUUCUUGGGAGGAAAAUAGUGGAACUAGAAGUAGAAAAUAGAGGACUGAAAGCAGAACUUGAUGAUUUAAGAGGAGACGAUUUCUCAGGGACCACUAACCCACUCAUGGGAGAGCAGAGUGAAUCCCUGUCAGAAUUACGACAGCAUUUGCAGCUAGUAGAAGAUGAAACAGAAUUGCUGAGGAGAAAUUUAGCUGAUUUGGAAGAACAAAACAAGCGCAUAACAGCUGAGCUGAACAAAUACAAGUACAAGUCUGGGGCCCAUGAGAGCUCUAGGCACCAUGAUAAUGCCAAGACAGAAGCAUUACAGGAGGAGCUAAAAGCUGCACGCAUGCAGAUCAACGAACUGAGUGGCAAAGUCAUGCAACUCCAGUAUGAGAACAGAGUCUUAAUGUCCAACAUGCAACGCUAUGACUUGGCCUCUCAUCUUGGGAUCCGUGGCAGUCCCAGAGACAGUGAUGCAGAAAGUGAUGCAGGAAAAAAAGAGAGCGAUGAUGACUCCCGCCCCCCUCACCGCAAAAGGGAAGGCCCCAUCGGUGGGGAAAGCGACUCCGAAGAGGUACGCAACAUCAGGUGCCUGACACCCACGAGGUCUUUCUAUCCGACACCAUCCGGGUGGCAGAAAAGCUUCACUGACAGGCAGCAGAUGAAGGACAUUCGCUCUGAAGCUGAGCGGCUGGGCAAGACAAUAGAUCGCUUAAUUUCUGACACAAGCACCAUCAUAACAGAGGCGAGAAUUUAUGUAGCUAAUGGGGACCUCUUUGGACUGAUGGAUGAGGAAGACGAUGGCAGCAGAAUACGCGAGCAUGAGCUUCUGUACCGGAUCAACGCACAGAUGAAGGCCUUCAGGAAAGAGCUCCAGGCUUUCAUUGACAGACUCGAAGUUCCAAAGUCUUCGGACGAUCGAAGUGCAGAUGAACCUUUGUCAGUGAGUCAGAUGUUCCAGCCUAUCAUUUUACUUAUUCUCAUCCUUGUAUUAUUUUCAUCCCUUUCAUACACAACAAUAUUUAAACUUGUCUUCCUUUUUACACUGUUUUUUGUACUGUAAGCCAUUCAUCAUUUACUGUUCAUUGUAGUAUUAUUUUCAGUUUAUUUUGUCCACCCUCCAAGAUAAGAAGUGCAAGAGACAUAGUUUCUGUAAUAGCCACUGCUGUAAAAACACUGAAGACUACUUGUUUGCCAGAACCAAAACAAAACCAAAAAAACCUGCAAAAUGUACCAAAAAGUCACCCAGCUGAAUAGGAAACCCACUCACCACGGUGUUCCAGCGCUGUAUUAUGUGGACUAGACCCCGUGGAGGGGACCAAAUCAGAACGGUUGGCAUAUAGAGCAUGAUAUCCGCAAAUGUGGCAAGGAGCUGGAGACCCUGAGAAUGAGAUGCAGGAGGAGGAGGAGGUAUCAGGAUCAAGAUUCACAGAACUGGAUCCCAGCUAGCUAUGCAUUUCAUUGCUUUCACUGCUGUUUAGAAAUGGACUGAAAAACUUCUAAAGGA